UGCGGCCGGGCGGGCCGGCUGGCUGGGAAGAUGGCGGCGGGAGCCGUGGCCGCCGCGGCUGAGCGGGCCCGGGAAGUCCGGGGGACGCGGGCCGAGGCCGGGGCCGGGCCAUGAGCGCGCUGCCCUCUAGUCCCCGAGCCGCGGAGCCCGUCCGCGCUCACGGGCCGCCCCACGGCCCUCGCUAUGGCGCGGCUCGCGGACUACUUCGUGCUGGUGGCGUUCGGGCCGCACCCGCGCGGGAGUGGGGAAGGCCAGGGCCAGAUCCUGCAGCGCUUCCCAGAGAAGGACUGGGAAGACAACCCAUUUCCCCAGGGCAUCGAGCUGUUUUGCCAGCCCAGCGGGUGGCAGCUGUGUCCUGAGAGGAACCCGCCGACCUUCUUCGUUGCUGUCCUCACUGACAUCAACUCCGAGCGGCACUACUGUGCCUGCUUGACGUUCUGGGAGCCAGCGGACCCCACACAGGAGGCUGCGUGCAAUGAGGACCUCACUGACAGGGAAGAGGAGGAGGAAGGGGGCCCCUUGCGCCAGUCCCAGUCCCCCACAGUCCCUGGGCCACCUGGCCAGCUGUUUGCUCCAAAGACGCUUGUGUUGGUGUCUCGGUUGGACCACGCAGAGGUGUUCAGGAACAGCCUCGGUCUCAUCUACACCAUCCACGUGGAGGGCCUGAACGUGGGCCUGGAGAAUGUGAUCGGGAACCUGCUCACGUGCACCAUCCCCCUCGCCGGGGGCUCACAGAGAACCAUCUCCUUGGGGGCCGGAGACCGGCAGGUCAUCCAGAUCCCACUUGCUGACUCGCUUCCCAUCAGCCGCUGCAGUGUGGCCCUGCUCUUCCGCCAGCUGGGCAUCACCAACGUGCUGUCUUUGUUCUGUGCGGCGCUUACGGAGCACAAGGUGCUCUUCCUGUCUCGCAGCUAUCAGCGACUCUCGGAUGCCUGCCGGGGCCUCCUGGCAUUGCUGUUCCCUCUCAGAUACAGCUUCACCUACGUGCCCAUCCUGCCGGCGCAGCUGCUAGAAGUCCUCAGCACACCCACUCCCUUUAUCAUCGGUGUCAACGCGGCCUUCCAGGCAGAGACCCAGGAGCUGCUGGAUGUGAUAAUUGCUGAUCUCGAUGGGGGGACAGUGACUAUCCCCGAGUGUGUGCACAUUCCACCCCUGCCGGAGCCGCUGCAGAGCCAGACACACAGCCUUCUGAGCAUGGUCCUGGAUCCAGAGCUGGAGUUGGCUGACCUUGCCUUCCCCCCACCCUCUACAUCCACGUCCUCCCUGAAGAUGCAGGACAAGGAGCUGCGUGCUGUCUUCCUGCGGCUCUUUGCUCAGCUCCUACAGGGCUACCGCUGGUGUCUGCACAUGGUCCGCAUCCACCCAGAGCCUGUCAUCCGCUUUCAUAAGGCAGCUUUCCUGGGCCAGCGAGGGCUGGUGGAGGACGAUUUCCUGAUGAAGGUGCUGGAGGGCAUGGCCUUUGCGGGCUUCGUGUCGGAACGAGGGGUCCCUUACCGCCCGAUAGACCUGUUUGAUGAGCUGGUGGCUCAUGAUGUGGCACGGAUGCGGGCGGACGAGAACCACCCUCAGCGUGUUCUGCGCCACGUUAAGGAGCUGGCGGAACAGCUGUAUAAGAACGAAAAUCCAUACCCAGCUGUGGCGAUGCACAAGGUGCAGAAACCAGGGGAGGCCAGUCACCUGCGGCGGGCACCCCGGCCCUUCCCCCGCCUGGAUGAGGGCACCGUGCAGUGGAUCGUGGACCAGGCUACGGCCAAGUUGCAGGGUGCACCCCCGGCAGUGAAGGCUGAGAAGAAGACCACCGUACCCUCGGGGCCCCCCAUGACUGCCAUCCUGGAGCGGAGCAGUGGUCUCCAUGGCAACAGCGCUCGCAGGCUGGAGGUGGUCCGGAACUGCAUUUCCUAUGUGUUUGAGGGGAAGAUGCUCGAGGCCAAAAAGCUGCUCCCGGCUGUGCUGAGGGCUCUGAAGGGGCGUGCGGCCCGCCGCUGCCUCGCCCAGGAGCUGCACCUGCACGUGCAGCAGAACCGGGCCGUCCUGGACCACCAGCAGUUCGACUUCGUUGUCCGCAUGAUGAACUGCUGCCUGCAGGACUGUACAUCACUGGACGAACAUGGCAUCGCAGCUGCUCUGCUGCCCUUGGUCACGGCCUUCUGCCGGAAGCUGAGCCCAGGGGUGACGCAGUUUGCAUACAGCUGUGUGCAGGAGCACGUGGUGUGGAGCACGCCGCAGUUCUGGGAGGCCAUGUUCUAUGGGGAUGUGCAGACCCACAUUCGGGCCCUCUACCUGGAGCCCGCUGAAGACCAAGACCCUUCCCAGGUGCGCAGGGGCUCCUUGGGCCAGGGGCCUGGGGCCAGCCUGGCCGUAGCUCAUUUGUUGCCCCGGCAGGGCGGGGAGGUAUCUGCACAGAACGAGAGCUCUGCUCUGGAUGUGGCAUCGGAGCAGCGGCGCCUGUGGCCAACCCUGAGCCGAGAGAAGCAGCAGGAGCUGGUACAGAAGGAGGAGAGCACGGUGUUCAGCCAGGCCAUCCACUACGCCAACCGCAUGAGCUACUUGCUGCUGCCCCUGGACAGCAGCAAGAGCCGCCUGCUGCGGGAUCGCGCGGGCCUGGGGGACCUGGAGAGCGCCAGCAACAGCUUGGUCACCAACAGCAUGGCGGGCAGUGUGGCCGAAAGCUACGACACAGAGAGUGGCUUUGAGGACGCAGAGAGCUGCGAUGUGGCCGGGGCUGUGGUUCGCUUCAUCAACCGCUUUGUGGACAAGGUCUGCACAGAGAGUGGGGUCACCAGCGACCACCUCAAGGGGCUGCAUGUCAUGGUUCCAGACAUUGUUCAGAUGCACAUCGAGACCUUGGAGGCCGUGCACCGGGAGAGCAAGAGGCUGCCUCCCAUCCAGAAGCCUAAACUGCUGAGGCCGCGCCUGCUGCCGGGCGAGGAGUGUGUGCUGGAUGGCCUGCGAGUCUACCUGCUGCCCGAUGGUCGUGAGGAAGGCACGGGGGGCAGUGGAGGGGGCCCCGCGCUGCUUCCCGCUGAAGGCGCAGUCUUCCUCACCACGUACCGGGUCAUCUUCACGGGGAUGCCCACCGACCCCCUGGUGGGGGAACAGGUGGUGGUCCGCUCCUUCCCGGUGGCCGCGCUGACCAAGGAGAAGCGCAUCAAUGUCCAGACCCCUGUGGAACAGCUUUUGCAGGAUGGGCUGCAGCUGCGCUCCUGCACAUUCCAGCUGCUGAAGAUGGCCUUCGACGAGGAGGUGGGGUCCGACAGCGCCGAGCUUUUCCGUAAGCAGCUGCAUAAACUUCGCUACCCGCCAGAUGUCAGGGGUACCUUUGCACUCACACUUGGCUCUAUGCACACACCUGGCCGGCCGCCCCGAGUCGCCAAGGACAAGGGACCUUCCCUCAGGACCCUGUCUCGGAACCUGGUUAAGAAUGCUAAGAAGACCAUCGGGCGGCAGUACGUCACUCGGAAAAAGUACAACCCACCCAGCUGGGAGCAUCGGGGCCAGCCUCCCCUCGAGGACCAGGAAGAUGAGAUCUCAGUGUCAGAGGAGCUGGAGCCCAGUACGCUCACCCCAUCUUCGGCUCUGAAGCCCUCAGACCGCAUGACCAUGAGCAGCCUGGUGGAGCGGGCCUGCUGUCGGGACUACCAGCGCCUGGGACUGGGCACGCUGAGUAGCAGCCUGAGCCGUGCCAAGUCUGAGCCCUUUCGGAUCUCCCCGGUCAACCGCAUGUAUGCUAUCUGCCGCAGCUACCCGGGGCUGCUGAUCGUCCCUCAGAGCAUCCAGGACAACGCCCUGCAGCGGGUCUCUCGCUGCUACCGUCAGAACCGCUUCCCUGUGGUCUGCUGGCGGAGUGGGCGCUCCAAGGCCGUGCUGUUGCGCUCUGGGGGCCUGCACGGCAAGGGCGUCGUCGGCCUUUUCAAGGCCCAGAAUGCGCCGUCUCCAGGCCAGUCACAGGCAGACUCCAGCAGUUUGGAGCAGGAGAAAUACCUGCAGGCCGUGGUCAGCUCCAUGCCCCGCUACGCCGAUGCGUCAGGCCGCAACACCCUCAGCGGCUUCUCCUCGGCCCACAUGAGCAGCCAUGGCCUGAGCCUUCUCUCUGCUGUGCCCCCAGUGCCCAGUCCCAGAGCCAGGGUCACCACGCUGUCCAACCCCAUGGCGGCCUCGGCCUCCAGACGGACUGCUCCCCGAGGCAAAUGGGGCAGCGUCCGAGCCAGUGGGCGCAGCAGUGGGCUUAGCACUGAUGUGGGCUCCCGGCUGGCAGGCAGAGACAUGCUGGCUCCCCCGCAGGCCAAUGGGGCCCUGCCUGACCCGGGCUUCCUGCGCCCCCAGCGUGCAGCCCUCUACAUCAUUGGGGACAAGGCCCAACUCAAGGGUGUGCGGCCAGAUCCCUUGCAGCAGUGGGAACUGGUGCCCAUCGAGGUGUUUGAGGUACGGCAAGUGAAGGCCAGCUUCAAGAAAUUGCUGAAGGCUUGUGUCCCGGGCUGCGUACCUGCUGAGCUUAGCCCUACUUCCUUCCUGCGCUCACUGGAGGAGUCCGAAUGGCUUGUUCAGAUUCACAAGCUGCUGCAGGUGUCGGUGCUGGUGGUGGAGCUCCUGGACUCGGGUUCCUCAGUCUUGGUGAGCCUGGAGGACGGCUGGGACAUCACCACCCAGGUGGUGUCGCUGGUGCAGCUGCUCUCGGAUCCCUUCUACCGCACGCUGGAGGGCUUCCGCUUGCUGGUGGAGAAGGAGUGGCUGUCCUUCGGCCACCGCUUCAGCCACCGUGGGGCCCACACCCUAGCAGGGCAGAGCAGCGGCUUCACGCCUGUCUUCCUGCAGUUCUUGGACUGUGUGUACCAGAUCCACCUGCAGUUCCCCAUGGAGUUCGAGUUCAGCCCAUUCUACCUCAAGUUCCUUGGCUACCACCAUGUGUCACGCCGCUUCCGGACCUUCCUCCUUGACUCCGAUUAUGAGCGCAUUGAGCUGGGGCUGCUCUAUGAGGAAAAAGGGGAGCGCAAGGCCCAGCAGGUGUGCCGGUCGGUGUGGGAGUACGUGGACCGGCUGAGCAAGCGGACACCUGUGUUCUACAACUACAUGUACGCGCCCGAGGACACGGAGGUCCUGCGGCCCUAUAGCAAUGUGUCCAACCUGAAGGUGUGGGACUUCUACACCGAGGAGACGCUGGCCGAGGGUCCCCCCUACGACUGGGAACUGGCCCAGGGGCCCCCUGAGCCCCCUGAAGAGGACCGACCCGAUGGGGGUGCCCCACAGAGCAGACGCCGGGUAGUGUGGCCUUGUUAUGACAGCCGGCCCCGUGCCCAGCCUGAUGCCAUCUCACGUCUGCUGGAGGAGCUGCAAAAGUUGGAGACAGAGCUGGGGCGGCCCCCUGAACGCUGGAAGGACACAUGGGAUCGGGUGAAGGCCUCACAGCGCCUUGAGGGCCGGUCACAUGGACGGUCUGAUGGCCGUGGUACCCCCAGCUCCCUGCUGGUCUCCAGCGUCCCCCACCACCGCCGCUCGCUGGGUGUGUACCUGCAGGAGGGGCCCGUGGGCUCCACUCUGAGCCUCAGCCUGGACCAGAGUGACCAGAGCAGUGGGUCCACAGCAUCUAGCUCCCGCCAGGCCGCCUGCCGCAGCGCCAGCACCCUCUACAGCCAGUUCCAGACAGCAGAGAGUGAGAACAGGUCCUAUGAGGGCACCCUGUACAAGAAGGGAGCCUUCAUGAAGCCCUGGAAGGCCCGAUGGUUUGUGCUGGACAAGACCAAGCACCAGCUUCGCUACUACGACCACCGAGUGGACAAGGAGUGCAAGGGCGUCAUCGACCUGGCUGAGGUUGAGGCUGUGGUGCCUGGCACACCCACCAUGGGUGCCCCCAAGACUGUAGAUGAGAAAGCCUUCUUUGACGUGAAGACGACGCGUCGUGUUUACAACUUCUGUGCCCAGGACGUGCCGUCGGCCCAGCAGUGGGUGGACCAGAUCCAGGGCUGCCUGUCGGAUGCCUGACCCGGCCCUGCUGUGUCCAGCGUUACAGACCACUAGGGAUGGGCAGGGCCCCCCCACCCCACCAUGUUUACAGCCCCCGCCCUCGACAGUAUUGAGGCCCCACCCCAAACUUAUGUGUACAGCCCCCCACCCUACCCCCACCCCCCACCCGGCUCUAACUUAUUUUGGAGUCACAGUUGAGUGCCGGCUGGGGCCAUGGUACAGCCCUCGGUGGGCCUGUAAAUAGUCCUCCUGCCCUGCCUGCCAGUGCUGGCCCCGGCCGGCUGGCCACAGGCAAAUUAUUCCUAGAACCAGAGUCUAUAAAGAGCGAACGAAUUGUGCCA